GUGGUGAAGUAAAACACACACAAAAAAUUUGCCACCGUCACGAUGAAAUAAGGGCCGCGGAAUCAAAUUAAAAGCGGUGGCUACUGUUGGGAGAAGAAAAAAAAAAUAGGGAGAAUUUUGAAGCUUGUGGAAAGAAAAGUACAUUCUAGUUGUCGAAGUUAAUAAGGCGGCUGGCGCGCAGACGCGGGGUGACUGUCGUCGUCGGAGGAGGAGAGGGUUGGAGCGAAAGCAAAGAGAGAGCGAGGCCUUACCUGGAGGUGAGGCGGCGGUUGGCCGGUGACGUUUGGCCCCCGCGCGAGGCGGCGGUUGGCCGGUGACGGUUGGCCCCCGCGCGAGGCGGACAAUGCGGCCCCGCGCGAGCGAUGCUCGUGCCGCGUGAGAUGGAACCCAAGGCGCCGCCGCCCCAGCAGCAGCUGGUCAUCCGCAUCAAAGUCCCGGACGGCGGCGAUGUGGACUGGAGAAUCCCGCUCGGCUCCCAAUUGCUCUUCAGGGAUGUGUUGGAUGUUAUUGGCCAGGUGUUGCCAGACACAACAACCACAGCGUUUGAGUGUAUUCUGUAGGCUUCAUAGAAAUACAUUUAGUGGGAAAAUGUAUGGGACAAAGCAGGCUGCUUGAUUGGAAACUCAUCAACCACCUUAAAAAUUUGCUCCCUCCACCACUGACGCACAGUGGCAGCACUGCAGCAACUCACCAAGCCUCUUUUGACAGUAUCUUCCAAAUUCUCUACCACCUAGAAAGACAAGGGCAGCAGAUGUCCUGCAAGUUCCCCUCCAAGCAACGCACCAUCCUGCUGUGAAAGUUUGUCACUGGAUCAAAAUCCUGGAGUUCCCUAAUAACACUAUAGGUGUACCUACACCAGAUGAACUGCAGUGGUUCAAGAGGCAGCUCACCACCAAGGGCAAUUAAGGAUGGGCAACAAAAUGCUGAUGCUGCCAGCGAAGCUGAUAUCCGGGAAAAGUUUUUUAAGAUAGUUCUUUUGUACAAAGAGCUAUUUAUUUUUGGCUGCCUAUAUAUUUUAGUUGAUUGUGCAACUUGCCACUGGUGUGCCAAUUGCUUAUGAAGAUGAGGAUGGCGAUCGAAUCACAGUACGCAGCGAUGAGGAAAUGAAAGCCAUGUUGUCAUAUUAUUAUACUACUGUGACAGAGCAGCAAGUUAAUGGAGAGAUGAUCGAUCCUUUGCAGAUAUAUCCACGAGCCUGCAAGCCACCUGGGAAACGGAACAUACAUGGCCUGAAGGUAAAUACACGGGCAGGGUCCUCUAAUAAUAGCUGCCCAGCAGUCACAGAAGGCCUGCCGAACAAUAGCUUGAAGAAAUCCUCUGCUGAACUUAAGAAAAUACUGGCAAAUGGUCAGAUGAAUGAACAGGACAUUCAGUAUCGAGAUAUCCUCGGUCAUGGCAAUGGAGGGACAGUGUACAAAGCUUACCAUGUGCCAAGUGGAAAAAUAUUAGCAGUUAAGGUUAUUCCCUUAGACAUUACAGUUGAACUUCAAAAACAAAUUAUGUCAGAGCUAGAAAUUCUUUAUAAGUGUGAUUCAUCGUAUAUAAUAGGAUUUUAUGGUGCAUUUUUUGUGGAAAACAGGAUAUCAAUAUGUACAGAAUUCAUGGAUGGAGGUUCUUUGGAUGUAUAUAGAAAAAUCCCUGAGCACGUACUAGGCAGAAUCUCUGUUGCAGUUGUGAAAGGCCUUACCUAUCUGUGGAGCCUAAAGAUUUUGCACCGAGAUGUCAAACCCUCUAAUAUGCUGGUGAAUACACGAGGACAGGUCAAGCUGUGCGAUUUUGGAGUGAGCACCCAGCUGGUGAAUUCAAUAGCCAAAACGUAUGUGGGAACAAAUGCAUACAUGGCGCCUGAAAGGAUAGCGGGUGAACAGUACGGAAUACAUUCAGAUGUGUGGAGCUUUGGCAUCUCAUUUAUGGAGCUUGCUCUUGGGAGGUUUCCAUAUCCUCAGGUGCUAAGAUCUGGGGAAGUUCUGAAUGAAGUGAUUCAGAAAAACCAGGGAUCUUUAAUGCCACUACAGUUAUUGCAGUGCAUCGUUGAUGAGGAUCCACCAGUCCUUCCGGUUGGGGAGUUUUCUGAGCCAUUUGUACAUUUCAUCACUCAGUGCAUGAGAAAGUUGCCGACAGAAAGGCCUGCACCUGAAGAGCUCAUGGUUCACCCAUUUGUAGUGCAGUACAAUGACAAGAAUGCAGAGGUGGUUUCCAUGUGGGUUUGCAGGAUGCUUGAAGAGAGGCGCUCUCAACAGGGGAUCCAGUGACCAACCUCACCAGUGACUGUAGACAAAGGACAUUAUGAAGAUAACAAAAUCUCAGCAGCGCAAGCAAUUGUUUUUUUUCCCUUCAGUGUUGCCAGAUCAAUGUAGCUGAGUGUUCCGUGACCACAGCACGCCUUAUAUUAUCUCUCAUCUGAACAGAUGACAUCUGUAACUGUCCUCUGACUUGGCAGGUGGUCUCAAUUACAGCCAUCAUGAUAUGAUCUAUAGACAGUCUAUGAGAAGGGUUAGAUCACAGGGGGUCAACACAUUACAAGCAGCAGAGUCUGGGGGCUUCACGUCUAAUUCGCUGCACUGUUCAUGUGUGCCCGUGUGAAUUCUGACAUAUUCUGCCCUGAUUUUGUAAGGCUGGCAGUGUUGCUAUUAGAGAGAGUGAUCUUGUCAUUGAACAUGGAGGUAUGGUUAAUAUGGAGAUCAAGACGAGAAUCUGCCAUUCUCUACUGAUUGAAAGCAAUUAGUGUUUCGGAUGUGUACUUAUUCUCCUGCAAAUGCUUUACUGCAUUUUGAAUGCAAGCAAAUAUAAGGCCUUAAAUUUGUUUUCUUUUGUCACUAUUAUUUUAAAUAAUUUGGCAAGACUUGUAACAAAAUUCCAAAUCUCUGAUAUACAAUUAUGGUGUUUAGUUUUUGAAUUGCAGGUUUUGGAUAAGGUAUGCACAUUGUGUACAGUCUUGUUAUUGAUUAAAUCAGCUAGUAUAUUUCCAGCAUUCUACUGUGCAUUGCACUGAUCACUGGCAUAGUUUGUGCAGCCACACAGCUGCCGUGCAUUAUUAGAAGUGUUCCUUUUAAAGAAGUUACUCAUUUUGUUCAAUGAUAUCCAUUUUCUGCUGAUUUUCCAAAACUUUGCAUUAAAUAAAAAAAGGUUAACAGAA